AUCCGCCGCCGAGCCUGGAUCGGAGGCGACAGUGGGACCUAGUGGGCGCGGCCGGCACCAACUGGGGGUCAGGGUGCCCGGGGCAGGGAGGCGGUGACCCGGGACUGGGCAGGAGGGAGAAUAGACCCUCGGACCUCCGAGGUUCUUCUGAGAGCGCAGACCCUGAGCGGACGCGAAAACGACCAGGGCUGGGGGCCAAAAACUGAUCAGCGCUGAGGGGCUCAACGACGCGGCCGGCCUGAGUGUUCUCCGGUGGCGCCGGGGAGCAGGUGAACAGGUCCUCACUCCCAGCUCCACGCCCUCACGCACUCUCGCCCGGAAUCCCGCUCCCGCCUGCAGCCAUGGGCCGCGGCCCCCGCGGCGCCGCUCGCAUCCUACGCCCGACGCUCUGUGCUCUGGUCUUGAUAGUGGCCGCCGGCGGCCGCGUCGGCUCCGCAUUCAACCUGGACACCCGAUUCCUGGUGGUGAAGGAGGCCGGGAACCAGGGCAGCCUCUUUGGCUACUCGGUCGCCCUCCAUCGGCAGACGGAGCGGCAGCAGCGCUACCUGCUCCUGGCUGGUGCCCCCCGGGACCUCGCUGUACCUGAUGGCUAUACCAACCGGACUGGCGCAGUGUACCUUUGCCCACUCACUGCCCACAAGGAUGACUGUGAGCGGAUGGACAUCGCAGAGAAAAGUGACCCUAACCAUCACAUUAUUGAGGACAUGUGGCUCGGGGUGACUGUGGCCAGCCAGGGCCCUGCAGGCAGAGUGUUGGUCUGUGCCCACCGCUACACCCAGGUGCUGUGGUCGGGGUCGGAGGACCAGCGGCGCAUGGUGGGCAAGUGCUAUGUACGGGGCAACGACCUGGAGCUGGACCCCAGGGAUGAUUGGCAGACCUACCACAACGAGAUGUGUAACAGCAACACCGACUACCUGGAGACGGGCAUGUGCCAGCUGGGCACGAGCGGCGGCUUCACCCUGAACACUGUGUACUUCGGCGCUCCUGGUGCCUACAACUGGAAAGGAAACAGCUACAUGAUUCAGCGGAAGGACUGGGAUUUAUCCGAAUAUAGUUACAAGGACCCAGAGAACCAAGGAAACCUCUAUAUUGGGUACACAAUGCAGGUGGGCAGUGCCAUCCUGCACCCCACGGACAUCACCAUUGUGACGGGUGCUCCGCGGCACCAACAUGUGGGCGCUGUCUUUUUGCUGAGCCAAGAGGCAGGUAGAGACCUGCGGAGGAGGCAGGUGCUGGAGGGCACGCAGGUGGGCGCCUAUUUUGGCAGCGCCAUUGCCCUGGCAGACCUGAACAAUGAUGGGUGGCAGGACCUUCUGGUGGGUGCCCCCUAUUACUUUGAGCGGAAAGAGGAGGUAGGGGGUGCUAUUUACGUCUUCAUGAACCAGGCAGGCACCUCCUUCCCGGCCCACCCCUCCCUCCUUCUUCAUGGCCCCAGUCGCUCCGCCUUUGGCUUCUCUGUGGCUAGCAUUGGUGACAUCAACCAGGAUGGAUUCCAAGACAUUGCUGUGGGAGCCCCAUUCGAGGGCUUGGGCAAAGUGUACAUCUAUCACGGCAGCUCCGGGGGGCUCCUCAGACAGCCCCAGCAGAUAAUCCACGGAGAGAAGCUGGGACUGCCUGGCUUGAACACCUUCGGCUACUCCCUGAGUGGGCAAAUGGAUGUGGAUGAGAAUUUCUACCCGGACCUGCUGGUGGGGAGCUUGUCAGACCGCAUCGUGCUGCUGCGGGCCCGGCCUGUCAUCAACAUCCUCCACAGGACCUUGGUAGCCAGGCCAUCCGUGCUGGACCCCGCGCUCUGCACGGCCACGUCCUGUGUGCAGGUGGAGCUGUGCUUUGCUUACAACCAGAGUGCCGGGAACCCCAACUACAGGCGGAACAUCACCCUGGCCUACACACUGGAGGCCGACCGGGACCGCCGCCCACCCCGGCUCCGCUUUGCACGCAGCCAGUCAGCUGUCUUCCAUGGCUUCUUCUCCAUGCCCGAGAUGCGCUGCCAGACACUGGAGCUGCUCCUGAUGGACAACGUCCGAGACAAACUCCGUCCCAUCAUUAUCUCCAUGAACUACUCUUUACCUUUGCGGAUGCCUGAGCGCCCCCGACUGGGGCUGCGGCCCCUGGACGCCUACCCAGUCCUCAACCAGGCACAGGCUCUGGAGAACCACACGGAGGUCCAGUUCCAGAAGGAGUGCGGGCAGGACAACAGGUGCGACAGCAACUUGCAGAUGCGGGCGGCCUUCGUGUCGGAGCUGGGGCAGCGGCUGAGCAGGCUCCAGUAUCGGAGAGACUUCCGAAAACUGCUCCUAAGCAUCAACGUGACCAAUACCCCGAGCAGAGAGCGAGCUGGGGAAGACGCCCACGAGGCGCUGCUCACCCUGGAGGUGCCUCCUGCCUUGCUGCUGUCCUCAGUGCGCCCCCCUGGAGCCUGCCAGGCCAACGAGACCAUCAUUUGUGAGCUGGGGAACCCCUUCAAACGGAACCAGAGGAUGGAGCUGCUCAUCGCCUUCGAGGUCAUCGGGGUGACCCUGCACACGAGGGAACUCCAGGCACAACUGCAGCUCUCCACCUCAAGUCAUCAGGACGACCUGCGGCCCAUGACCCUGACUCUGCUGGUAGACUACACACUCCAGGCCUCGCUCAGCAUGGUGAGUCACCGGCUACAAAGCUUCUUUGGGGGCACAGUGAUGGGCGAGUCUGGCAUGAAAACCGUGGAGGAUGUGGGAAGCCCUCUCAAGUACGAGUUCCAGGUGGGUCCAAUGGGGGAAGGUCUGGCAGCCCUUGGGACCCUGGUCCUGGGGCUGGAGUGGCCGUACGAAGUCAUCAAUGGCAAGUGGCUGCUGUACCCUACGGAGAUCACCGUCCGCAGCAAUGAGUCCUGGCCCUGCCAGCCACCUGGAGACCUUGUCAACCCUCUCAACCUCACUCUCUCGGUUCCUGGGGACAGGCCACCAUCCCCACAGCGCAGGCGGCGACAACUGGACCCCGGGGGAGGCCAGGGCCCCCCGCCUGUCACUCUGGCUGCUGCCAAAAAAGCCAAGUCUGAGAUCCAGCUGAGCUGUGGCAGUGAUCGCACCCGCUGUGUGUGGCUGGAGUGCCCCAUUCCUGAUGCCCCCAUCAUCACCAACGUGACAAUACAAGCACGAGUGUGGAACAGCACCUUCAUCGAGGAUUACAGAGACUUUGACCGAGUUAGGGUAGCCAGCUGGGCCACCCUGUUUCUCCGAACCAGCAUCCCCACCAUCAACAUGGAGAACAAGACAGUGCGGUUCUCAGUGGACAUUGACUCUGACCUGGUGGAGGAGCUGCCAGCCGAGAUCGAGCUGUGGCUGGUGCUUGUGGCUGUGAGUGCCGGGCUGCUGCUGCUGGGGCUGAUCAUCCUCUUGCUGUGGAAGUGCGGCUUCUUCAAGCGAGCCCGCACUCGCGCUCUGUAUGAAGCUAAGAGGCAGAAGGCGGAGAUGAAGAGCCAGCCGUCAGAGACGGAGAGGCUGACCGACGACUACUGAGGGGGGCAGCCCCCCACCCCCGGCCCACCUGGUGUGACUUUUUCAAGCGGACCCGCUAUUACCGCAUCAUGCCCAAGUACCAUGCCGUGCGGAUCCGGGAGGAAGAGCGCUACCCACCUCCAGGGAGCACCCUGCCCACCAAGAAGCACUGGGUGACCAGCUGGCAGACUCGGGACCGAUACUACUGACACCCUCCCUGAUCCCACCCCCUGUUCCCCCUGUGUCCCUUUCUUCUAUUUAUCGUAAGUUAUGCCCCGACAGCCCGCAGGAGCUGCUGCCUUUGGCCGGCACCAGCAGGCUCAGACACACACACCUGCUCAGGUGCACACAUGUGCCGCCCAGUCAUGGCCUUCUCCCUGAGGGAGGGCUGGGACCAUGGACCUUGCAUGGCUGAGCACCGCAGCCCUGUGCCCUGGACACAUAUGCACAUGUGUGGGUCGCACUGCUUGUGGACUGUGUAUGUGCACUCUGGAUGGUGCGUGGACCUACAUGUCCCAGCCUCUGCCAAAGGUGCCAAAACCAAGCCAAAGGGGCUCCACCAGAGCCAGGAGGAAAAGGCCCCCAAUGUGGUGACACCUCCUCUGUUCACACUGGACCCAUCAUGAGCCAUAGUCACUGAACUGACUCUGCCCUCGCAUUGAAAACUACUGACAGGGAGCCAGGCCACCAGGACCCCGGCUGCAGCUCCCAGGACCCAUGCCAGAGAGUGGGGCGCCUACCUGAGGUUGUCCCUGGGGCUGCUUGCAGGAUCUGGCAUGUGCAGACCCAAGAGCAGGAUGAACUGGAAAGAAGGUCCCCAGGAUGGCUUUCUUUCAUGCAUCACUGCGAAACCUCUGUCCUCAGCCUCAGCCGGUCCGAGCACUAGCAGGAAAUGCAGCCAUGAAGAAACAAAGAUGGACAUGCUGCUAGACAGCCUUGACACACUGCUGGGACUGCCCUGGGAGCAUGUUGGAAUCCUCAACAGAGGAGGAGACCGGUCCUGAGCCAAGGAGAUGUUGGAAGGAUACAGAGGAGAGACCACUUCUCAUCCACAUUAACCAUCCCAGCCUCUGAAGGCCUGGAGCGACCCCCACAAGAUCACAGAGGGAGCGACACUUGAAUGUAGAGGAGGAACGGAGCCCUGUGCCUGCCCUAUCAGCCAGAUUCCACUCUGCCUCCAGUGACCACGGGCUGGGGACCGAGAAGUGGAGCUCUUGGCUGUCCUUGGCUUUCAGAGCCAACUUGGCUCUGCCUCCUCCCCUGUGACCCAUUAGAAGUUGAGGCUGGUUCCAGAAAACCUCUCCUGACCCCUGCCUGUUGGCAGGCCCCCUCUCCAGCCUCUACCCCCUUCCACGGUACUGUAGCAGGGGAGUUCCCUCCCCUCCUUGUGCCUUCUUUGUAUAUAGGCUUCUCACGGCAACCAGUAAACAGCUCCCAGUUUGUACACAC